UACUUAUAUGGUGGUUUUAAUCGUGACGUGGCUUUCCCCUCAAACCGGAAGUCAGAGAGAGCCUUCCUUCUUUGCUGCUGAGCGGCUGCUAUAUCGAUUCAACCAGGAGCAAAAACCCAAAUUACAGACACAAUAAUGGUGACGGACGUGCAGCUGGCCAUUUUCGCCAACAUGCUUGGCGUGUCAUUAUUCCUGCUGGUUGUGUUAUAUCACUAUGUGGCUGUCAACAACCCCAAGAAGCAGGAGUAGAAUUGGCCAAAAUGAUUGAAGAGGUGCGAUGGGACUCAGUACCACCCCCAUGAAAACAACAUUCCCCUCUUCAAGUCUGUUUUUUCGAAGAGAUAAUUUUCUUUGUAACGUUGCACAGUAGAUUUGUUUUCUAAUAAAAAUGUUUGAACUCAAUGAA